UCUAUCCGAUUGGCCGCCUCGCUGUCAAAUGGGGGUACCACGGUUCGCGGCGGCUGCUUUCAAAACAAUGGACCAAAAAUACUGAAAUUCUAAAAUUAUACGGACAUGUCUUGAAGGCGUUAAAGUCCCCUUUUAUUCACGUGAAAAAUGCGGCGUUCUCAUGCUCCAAGCCAGCUAGGUCUUGUACCGAAAAGGAAAUCUGAUGAAUUUUAUGACAGUGAAAGGAGAAAAGAUCUUGUAGGGAACAAGACAAAGAAGCACCGUGUUUUAGAAGUUAGCAGCCCGCAGCAGUAUAUGUCACCAUACAGGAAACCUUUAGAGAGUAUACAAAAUGUUCCAGAUAAUACAAGCACUGGAUUGUCUAGUCAUGAAGCAUUUAUCAGGAAAAUACUCUCCAAGCCAUUCAAGGUUCCAAUUCCAAAUUAUACAGGGUCUUCAUUCAAUAAAGCUCUCGGAGUUAGAAGACAAGGGGCCAGACAACCUCUACAUGACCCUUUUGAAGAAAGAGCACUGGUUCUAUAUAUACCACCAGAGUUGUCUGCUCAUGAUCAACUUAAAGUUGAUAUAGAGAAGCAACCAGUGCAUGUUGUUGUGGAUCCAAUCCUGUCUAAGGUGCUGCGACCACAUCAGAGAGAAGGAGUUAAGUUUAUGUAUGAUUGUGUGGUUGGAGUGCAGAUACCAGAAAAUUAUGGCUGUAUCAUGGCAGAUGAAAUGGGUUUAGGGAAGACACUCCAGUGUAUUACACUGACAUGGACCUUGCUGCGGCAAAGUCCAGAUUGUUGUCCAACAUUAGAGAAAGCUGUUAUAGUGUGUCCUAGCAGUCUAGUCAAGAAUUGGCACAAUGAGUUGAACAAAUGGUUAGGCAACAAGAUAAAUGCAUUAGCAGUUGAUAGCGGCUCAAAGAGUGAAAUUGACAGAAAUUUGACUCAUUUUAUGCAGCAAAAAGGAAGGCGUGUGUCAAAUCCAGUGUUGAUCAUAUCUUAUGAGACAUUUAGAUUACAUGCUGCAGUUUUACACAGAGGAGAAGUAGGACUGGUCAUUUGUGAUGAGGGACACAGGUUAAAGAACUGUGAAAACCAGACAUACCAAGCAUUGACAGGUCUUAACUGUAAAAGAAGAAUAUUGUUAUCGGGGACACCUAUACAGAAUGAUUUGCUAGAAUACUUCAGCCUGAUACACUUUGUAAACAAGGGUAUUCUAGGUACAGCACAAGAGUUCAAGAGAAAGUUUGAGACACCAAUCUUACGUGGUAGAGAUUCCACUGCUUCAGAUGAUGAUCACAAGAAGGGAAUGGAAAAAUUACAAGAGCUUGCUGCUAUUGUAAACAGAUGUAUUAUCAGAAGAACCCAAGCAUUGUUGACACAAUAUCUGCCAGUUAAAAUUGAAGAGGUGAUUUGUAUAGAGCUGACACCAGUCCAGAAGGAGAUGUAUAAACAGUUGGUCCAGUCUAAGGCUGAGGAAUGCUUGCAGAGAGCAGAGGAAGGGAAGCAGUCUGCUGGCAGUCUGUCUUUCAUCACACAGCUGAAAAAAUUGUGCAAUCAUCCAGAUCUCAUUUAUGACAAGUGUGUCGAGCAAGCAGACGGCUUUGAAGGAAUGUUGGAUUUCUUCCCGGCUGGUCAUAAUCUAAGAACAGUCAAACCAGAACUCUCAGGAAAGUUCCUUGUGUUGGACUGUUUGUUGGCUAUGAUAAAAUCUACAAGUAGUGACAAAGUUGUCUUAGUCUCCAACUAUACACAGACAUUAGAUCUGUUUGAAAAAUUGUGUAGAUUGAGAGGGUAUUUAUUUGUAAGACUUGAUGGUUCUAUGACAAUAAAGAAGAGGGCAAAAGUUGUUGAAAAUUUCAACAACCCAACAAGUCCAGAGUUUAUUUUUAUGCUGAGUAGCAAGGCAGGUGGAUGUGGUUUGAAUCUCAUUGGAGCCAAUCGUCUUGUGAUGUUUGAUCCAGACUGGAACCCGGCUAACGAUGAGCAAGCUAUGGCACGCUGCUGGAGAGAUGGACAGAAGAAAGACUGUUUUAUAUACAGGUUAUUGGCGACUGGUACGAUAGAAGAAAAGAUAUUCCAGCGCCAGGCACACAAGAAAGCCCUAAGCAGUUGUGUAGUUGACAAAGAGGAAGAUGUAGAGAGACAUUUCAGUCGAGAUGAGCUCAGAGAUCUGUUUCGACUAAACGAAGAAACACGCAGUGAUACUCACGAAAAGUUCAAGUGUAGAAGAUGUGUAAACAACAUUCAGGUGAAGCCCCCGCCUGAGGACACAGACUGUAACUCAGAUAUGUCACAAUGGCAUCACUCUACUGAUAAGAAGGGGUUAAAAGACUUGAUGUUAAAAGGGGCAUGGUCCUCGGACACACCUAUAUCAUUUGUGUUUCAUCAUCAUUCACAUGAAAAGCAGAGAGUAACUGUAUAGCAUUUACUUAGUUUCAUGCAAAUUGUACUGAUAUAUUAUGAAAGCAACGAGAGACGGUAUUACUUGCAUGGUUCGGAUAUACAUUGCUUCGCCAGGAAAACAUACAGUGAAAAACACAGUCAUGUGUUCAACGGUUCAAAGGUUGUGUUGACAUUGUAUGAAAGUAGAGAUUCUGAAUAGCUAGCAUGUAUCUGAUGGAUUAUGUUGCUCAGCCAUGAAAUAUGGUGAAAGACGCACCUGCAUGUUCAACCUAGAUCAGCAGUGCUCCAGAAGGAAAAGCAGAAGGAGAUCGGGUCAGAGAUAAGAUUCAGGUGGAUUUAUGACAAAGAAUAACUGCUGGCAGCCAGUUUGACUCCAGUUUGUGAUGCAUUUUGAAAAAACAA